AACACAAACGUUAUAAAUCUGCAGUUAAUUUUACAAAAUGGAUAAACACUUCUUGUUAUUGUUAAUAAUAUUAUUAUUAAAAUUUUGUGAUGGUGAUUAUUUGUAUCCAGCUAUACAAACAACGUCAUCCCUACCAGAAAUCAUCAUAAACAAGAAUGCAGCACCUGGGUCAUCAGGAUAUUAUUAUCCCGUACCGCAACCCCCAAAUGACGUUUUACCGCCCCUGCAAGACGAGAUACCAAUAACACCAAUUGAUAAUGGUUACCUACCACCACCUUCAAAUGAAUAUCUUCCACCACAACAAGAUUUUCAACCAUUUCAACCCGCACCGCAUCCAGUUUAUGGCGUGCCAUCAACUUUACAGAAACAAAACGGUAACUUUGAUACGCCUAAUGGGGAACCCAAUGUUCGAAUAAUAUCAAUGUCCUGUUUGGAUUCAUCGGACACUCGAUUCUUCAAAGCCACAAUUCAAUCUACUGAUUUUAUUAGUUCACACCAGUUUUUUACCAAAAAUAUAUUUGGAUGUAAUAUUUUAAGGAAAGCCAAUGAGAUAUUUGUAAUUAAUCUUGAAGCUGUCAAUGUUGGUAACUGUGGGGUACGAUAUUGCGCCAAUAAGAAAAUGUGCUUAAAUCUUCGAUUACCAACAGUUCAAGGCCUGCAAUUACCGGAAGAUAGACUUAUUACAUUACAAUGUUUACCACAACAUUCCAUUGCAAGUGUUGUACGAUCAAUCGGAGUUAGAACUCAAAAAAUUCAACCCCGCGCUAUUAGUAUUAACACGAUAGCUGCUGGUGGUUCACAGCGGCCAUUCCGCCCCUACAUAUCUCUAUACCGCAAAGGUAAUCAACUUGUAGAACCUGGAAGUACAGUUUUCCUGGGCGAAGACUUACUUUUGAAAGCAACAAUAAACGACAGUGACGAUUGGAAAUUUACAAAAAUUGGCUCAGUUGUUAUGCAACAAGGUAUACAAACUAGCAAUGGACGUAAGUCUGUUACUCUCGUGGAUAAUGAUGGCUGCCGUGUAGAAAGCAUGAAAUCAGUAUGUCCCAAUCAUCCAGAACAAAUAACUAAUAAAAUCACCGUUGUACCAUUUAGAGCUUUUUUAUUUCAAGAUGUCGACGCUGAUGAGAUGUUACUCAGUGUUCGAUUAUACGGAUGUAUGCAUCAAAAAGAUUGUCAGCAAACAAAACAUUGUGAAGAGAAAGUGGUAGCUUCGAACGCUCUCAACACCUUGGACGGCGGAAAAAAUUUAAGUAUGGGUCGACGAAAACGAAUGGUCAACGGAUUAAAUUCCACUCACGUGCAAUCGAAUUAUUAUUCAUCGAACGAUACAAGUCAGAUGACAAUGGUAAAGAAUAACGAUCAAUACACAAUUGAUAGUGUUCAAAAUUACGAAUCACAUUUAGAUUUUCGCGUUGUACUGCCUAGAGCAUUGAAAUUAAAAGACAAUACAAAAUAUUUAGAAUGGUCAAUGGAUGAUAUUUAUAAUGGAUAUUUAUUUUCUGAAGGCUGA